CCGGAUUUGACCUGUUAGUGCUACUGGCAAGAACACGUAGCUAGCUAACAAAGCUCGAAAUGCAACAUCUCAAGGAAAAAGGUCCAUUUCCUCCCCCAGCGUCUCUGCGUCUUUUGGUUCCUCCGCUGCGGCUGGUGUCUGCAGCUCUAUGGCAGGUUGUUCAGCGGAGAGACGUCAUGGACUACGGCUUGGUGCAGGAGUUUGUCGUCACCGUGUUGGACGUAGUCCCAGAUCUGAUGAGUUACAGGGAGAAAGUCCAACUCAUCAUGGGUCUGAGAGCACAGCUGGUCCUGAAGUUGUUGUUCUCAGAACACCUCGCCGACUCUGACACCAUCCAGUCACACCUGAAUAGGAUGAAAACCUGUAGCAUCACUCAUAGGGACAACCAGAUUUGUGAUCCUGAGGUGGAGGCAUCAGAAUCCAACUUCCUGGAGCUGAUUAAAACGCUGCUGGAAGACCCAGUCGAGAGAGAACGCUUCUUUCAGAACGUUUUUCCAGAGGAAUUCGGCGCCAAGUAUCACUCCGCACUGCAGACGCUGCUGUGGGAGUUCCUCUCCAGACUGGAGAAGCUGCUUCCAACACCGACCCUUCACCAGACUGCAUCUUGGUUUCUACCUGACCCCUCUGUCCUGGAGGAGUGUGGGCAGUCUGUGCGUCACCCUCAACCUUUGAGGACCCUUCUCCAGUACCAUACCAACCUUUCUCCAGACCCACAUGUUGAGGCCAAUGACAACCACAUCCUGUCUCCAUCUCCCCGAGAGUCAUCCACUGACCAAGCUGACCCAGAGAUCCAAUCAGAACCCAUACAUACAUUUAUGACCAUUCAAAGCCCUGCAUCAUAUUGCUGUGAGUCAGAAAUGACACCUUCGCUGGAUUACAGGGAGAGUCAACGAGGGAUAGAUUUAGACCGCACUGCAAAUGUCGACAUUUUGCCUUCGAAUGAAGAGGUGGAGUGUGUCAACAAGGAAAGUCUUGACAAAGAGAGAGAAAUGGAUCAAGCUUUUCUUCACCUUCGUGCUGACAGUGGGCCGAAAAUCCAACCAGGAGCUCACCGCUUCGAAAAGGAGGCGCAGGACGUUUCUAAUUUGUCUACGUCCUGUCGGCUCCGUCAGCCCACGGUGCUGCUGCACAGACUUCACAUUACUGAUACGCCGUCACCCAUGUCAGAGGUCAAUCCAACGCCGAGCAGAGAGACGCUUCAGAUUGACAAUGUGGAAACCCAAGGACGGAGAGGAGACCGGGUCAUAUCACAAAAGAGCGAGAGGAAUGUCGAAGUAGAGCCCUCAGAUAGCCCACCUCAGUAUUCUCUGAUCCCUGGCCCAUGCCGUACUAAGGGGCAGCCUAAAAGAAGCAAGCGUGUCAAAAUAUGCUCCUUGUGUGGGAAAACUUUCAGGGAAGCAAAGGAUUUGACAGCACACAUAACAUCUCACACUGAGCAGAGGCCUCACCAGUACACCCUGUGUAGUAGACGAGACGUUGAACACCAUGAGGACUUGCAGAAGCGUCGUCAGAGUGUGUGUGAGGCGGCAGCUCAACCAGAAGAGGAUAACAUGUCAUCGACGGAGGAGACAGAGAUAUCUCAGCCCCACGACACACUACCUCAGAGAAGGCACAUGACAACCCAACACGGUAAACCAAGACAGUCUUCCAAAGUCACCAAAUGCUCCGUGCGUAACGAGACCUUCAGUAAGGCAUUGCACGUGAGAUACACACAUGGGAAGCUCCUGUGCCUCAACUGUGGGGAUGUUUUUGAGAACUCCACUUUGAGGAAACACAAAAAAGUGUGUUUGAAGACAAAGAAACGUCUCUCUUGCUCUCUGUGCGGAGACACCUUUGAUCUCUCUGAGCCAAACGAGCGUGAGGACGUGAACCCACAGCAACUUCCGAGGGAGGCUCUUCCAGAGGCCGGCGCUGUUUUGGCAGCAGUAGAAAAUUCGACAGAGAUACCUCAACCCUCAAACACAACACCCCAAAACCCAACCACCUCCAAUGCUCUGCCCUUUCAGCUAGCUAAUCAUUACACAAAAUGCCUUUUAUGUAAAGAAGCUUUUGAUAACGGAGAAGACCUGAGAAGACAUCUGAGAUUUGAACAUGGUGUACUUCCCUACCUGUGUUUUAAAUGUGGGGAGGGUUUCCAAAGCGCCUCUGAUCGGAAGAAACACUCAGACCAGUGUUCCGGUCAAAACAUUCCAGAGUCCAGGAAGUGUCCCGGUUGCAGGACGAGGACUUCACACUAUAGACAACAGCAGCAGCAGCAGCAGGAAAUGACAAGUCAGGAAGUGAACCUUAAAAGACUCCAGACAGCCUGGCCGCUACAUACAGGAGAAAACGAGAUGGAGAUCCCACAGUCCAGCAGCACAGACGUAGACUUCUCAAAUGACUCUCGGCAACACCGGCUAAACCAAUCCGUCGAUCAAUCAAAUGACUCUCGGCAACACCGGCUAAACCAAUCCGUCGAUCAAUCAAAUGACUCUCGGCAACACCGGCUAAACCAAUCCGUCGAUCAAUCAAAUGACUCUCGGCAACACCGGCUAAACCAAUCCGUCGAUCAAUCAAACUUAUUUGUGAGGUGCUUUUUCGAUCAGCGAACUGCUCUUACAGGAAGCCGGUCGAGACCCCGAAGAGAGAAGCGCUGUGACGAGACGGACUUUCAGACACAGCAAGACUUUAAUGAGGAAGUCAAUCCAAGCCAAACCCGAAGGGAGGUUGACCCAGCAGGUGGAGGCACAUCUCAGCCUUCAAGGGGGAACGGGAUAGAGACUCCCCAGCCCCACAGUACUGAAUCCCAGAACCCAACAACCUACGACGCUUCCCCCACUCUGCCCCCUGGUGUAAAUUUAGAUUCUAGAACAUGUCACGUGUGUUCCAAGAGUUUUCAAUCGGAAACAAUCCCUGAUUUUGCAUCUGAGACGUCACGGUGAGGGGGCCAUUAAGUGUCCCAUAUGUUCACGGUGCUUUGGUCGCAACAGGGAUUUAAAGUUUCACCUGGCCAACAAAUCCGGGUGUGGGCCAACGCGUCGUAAUCUUACCGCCGUAAUCGUUCCCACAAAAGACACGCCGGUCUUCACUUGCCCCGAAUGUCUGCAACAGUUCACCAGCGAAAAGAAACUGAAAUCCCACAUGGUAUGUCACACAGGAGAUGGGUUCUCCUGUAGCUUUUGUGGCAAAAUGUUUGCCGGACACAACCAAUUGAAGUUUCAUAUCCGUUGUCAUAGUUACAGGCCUUAUCUAUGUGAUACGUGUGGCAAGGAUUUCCCAUCUCAGAGUGCGUUGGAAUCGCACGAGCGUGUGCACACGGACGAGCGGGCGUACUCUUGCACAGAUUGUGGGAAAACGUUUAAGCGUAAGGGUACGCUGACACAACACCGACUGAUUCAUACGGGGGAGCGGCCAUUUGCGUGUGCUCUCUGUCGAGUACGUUUUACCACCAAUAAGCAUCUGAAACUGCACAUGAUGUGUCACACGGGGGAGAGGCCUUUUAAAUGUCCGGUUUGUGGGAGGGGCUUUAGACAGAAAGGCGAUUUGAGACAACAUCAAGCUUUGUGUUCCUAGUUGCCUUUGGGGCUCAAGAGGUUUAAGAUGAAGAGUUCUUAUGUUCUUAUUGUGUCUGUCAGUAUUCCGACAUUCUAAUUCCGUCUCACCCUGCGUUCAUAACAUCUGGUAAAUUUGUGAAUUCCAGCAAUCCGACUGUGUGAAGAAUCCACUUGAACGCCUCUCCAACUGGUAACUACUUGUGGGGAAACGUAUCUGUCAUCUCUGAGCUUCCGACUUCUGCCAUAUGCUGAACUCUGACGUCACAAAGGAAAUCACCUUUGAUAACAGCAGUUUUGGCGGUUAAAUGCAACAACAAAACAUUAUUUAUAAAAAAUUAAAAUAAAUAUUAUGUUUUUUUGAAAACAAGUUGUUCAGUUUGUGGUUGAAACAGUUUUGCCAUCCAGCCAAUCGGCGUUUUCUAAAUUGGUUCAAAGCAUGUGAAUGUACUCAACUCGUUGCGCCCAGUUUCCCGUUUGUCAUGAAGGCAGCAUAAAGCACGUCCAUGGGAAGUGCCGCAGGUGCAUUCCAUUACGGUUUGGAAUGGAGACUUCAAUUUACGAUUUUGACGAGGUUAUCAAUUAGUCUAUUCGACCAAUGGCAAUGGGGAUGUUUCGAAAUGCAAUAGACCUUAUACCACCCGUCGCAUAAAUAAGGCGAAUUAAGUACGACAGAAAUGGUUGAAUUUUUUGUCUUGCACAAUUGUCCAUGGCUGUCUUAUUGCAACGAUCCAGAACUUUCUGAGAGUUGAUUAAAUAUGGUCGGGUUAUCUGAUUGGAGGAAUCACUGAAGACUGAAACGCUGAUAACAUGCUGUUGUAACAGAUCUCUCAGUGGGCAGAUGUUCCAUUGGGUACGUCGUUGGGGAGGGAUGAUGCGCUGCCCAGUUUCAAGCACACGUGUUGAAGUCUGAAUACUGCGGCUCGUGCCAGUCAACUCAUAAUUCAGCCAACUCUGAAAAGAGCACGAGUCAUUUUGAUUUGUGAUCUACACUAACCAGAUGUAUUUUGUCAGGUAAAUUAGAUUCCUGUUGGGUGGUUCUUAUCAACAGACUAAAACCCUUCUACCUUUUCCACACAAAAAAAAACCUGCUUCUUUGAGUUAAUUUUGAAUUCUCCAGAUUGAAUGAGUUAAUUUUGAAUUCUCCAUAUUGAAUGAGUUCAUUUUGAAUUCUCCAUAUUGAAUGAGGUCAUUUUGAAUUCUCCAUAUUGAAGGAGUUCAUUUUGAAUUCUCCAUAUUGAAGGAGUUUAUUUUGAAUUCUCCAUAUUGAAGGAGUUUAUUUUGAAUUCUCCAUAUUGAAGGAGUUCAUUUUGAAUUCUCCAUAUUGAAUGAGGUCAUUUUGAAUUCUCCAUAUUGAAUGAGUUCAUUUUGAAUUCUCCAUAUUGAAUGAGUUCAUUUUGAAUUCUCCAUAUUGAAUGAGUUCAUUUUGAAUUCUCCAUA